AUGGAGACCAAAGAAGACACGCCGACUCGCUUUCCUGCUCUCUCCGCGGACGUAUUUGCAGCCAGCGAUUCCACCACCACAGAGAGUCCGCCUGUCAGUCCACGAACUCAGCUCCCUGCCUAUGGCGACGAGAGAGAGCCUCCCAAAUACCAGGAAGAUGGAUUAAGCAAAGAUGAGGACGCCAUCAACAAAGCGAAAACAAGAAGGACCCUAUUUGUUCGACUUUUGUCGUCCAUCUUCGUGACUGUGAUAGUGUUGCUGGUUGUGGCGGCCGCGGUCGGGCGAAUCUAUGAUAGGCAGGCCAGGGACAAGAAGUCGAAAGAAGAACAAAAGUGA